AUGGCAAGUAAAGUUGAGAGAACUCGAUGUAUUACGUGUGAUAAAGAAAAGCGAGCUGUAAGAUGCGAAGGCUGCUUACAGUUAUUUUGCUAUGAACAUUUUACUGAUCAUCGACAAUAUUUAAGUCAACAAUUAGAUGUUAUCGAAGCUAAUCGUGAUUUAUUUCGACAAACUUUUAACGAACAAGGAAGUCAACCGCACGUGAGUCAUCCGCAAGCGUAUCUAUUAAUCAAACAAAUCGACCAAUGGGAAGAAGAAUCGAUCAAACUUGUUCAACAAACUGCCAGUGAAUGUCGGCAAUUAUUGAUACAGUUAACAACAAAGAAUACAAACCAAACCGAAACGAGUUUAGCGAAAUUAACCGAAGAAAUAAGAAAAUCUCGUAAAGAAAAUGAUUAUAAUGAGAUUGAUUUGAAGAAAUUCGAUGAACAAUUAAAACAACUAGCAGCAGAAUUGGAAAAACCAACACAUAUCUCUGUCCAACAAACAUCCGUUCCAUUAGUAAACAAACUUUCUGUUAUUGGAUCUUCGUCUAGCAAGAAAUGCUCGCCUGUUGCAAGUGUUAACGUUAAUAAAACAUGGAAACAAUAUGCCGUGACUGUUGCUGGUGGAAAUGGUGAUGGAAAUCAACUGACUCAGCUAUCUCGUCCUUAUGGUAUAUGUGUUGAUGAUGAUCAUCAAAGUAUCUAUAUCGCUGAUCAAUGGAGUCAUCGUAUUGUUAAAUGGAAGUCAGGUGGUAAUCAUGGUUAUAUCGUAGCUGGUGGAAAUGGGGAAGGAAGCCGAAUAGAGCAGUUGAACCAUCCAACGGAUGUACUCAUCGAUAAAAAUACAGAUUCGUUGGUUAUUUGCGAUUGGGGAAAUAGACGUGUCGUUCGCUGGCCUCGACGACCGGACUCCAGUCAACAAGUUCUAAUCUCUAAUAUUGACUGUUUUCGCGUCGCUAUGGAUAAUAAUGGCGAUUUGUAUAUUUCUGAUUGGAAGAAAAAUGAAGUCCGGCGAUGGAAACUGGGCGAAUCGACUGGAUUAGUAGUUGCAGGUGGCAAUGGUAAAGGCAAUUCUCUCAAUCAACUUAGUGGUCCCACAUCGAUAUUUGUCGAUGAUGAGUAUUCGCUGUACAUCUCAGAUCAUCAUAAUCAUCGCGUAAUGAAAUGGUGUCAAGAUGCGAAGGAAGGCGUUGUCAUCGCCGGUGGACAAGGUCAGGGAAAUAGUCUAACGCAUUUAGCUUAUCCUCAAGGCAUAACUGUCGAUAAAUCGGGAAAUCUUUAUGUGGCCGAUUCCGGAAACAAUCGAAUCGUACGUUGGUCAAAAGAAUGUCGUACAGGCACCGUAAUUGUUCGCGGUCAUGGUCAAGGCGACAAAGCUAAUCAGUUCAAUUGCCUUGGGGAGAAAGGAAUUCAACUAUUUGAAAAAGAUUCAAUAGUCAUGGCUGUUAGUUCCCGACCAGCAGUCAAUGUCAGCGCUGACACCGUUGAUGGUAUGAAUUCUGAUGUCCUUGCGGGCGAAAUUCAUGAAUGGGCUGACGACGAUCUACGACGAAUGUUCUUUGAAAUUGUAGCGGAAGCUCGUCGGUAUUAUUUUCUAGGACAAGUCGAACUGGCUCGAAAAUGCUAUAGGAAAACAUUGCAAUACGGCAAUGAACUACGGUAUCGGGGUGAAAACUUCAACUGUACAGUGAGAAUCAAUAGUCAAGUGAUGAAGAUUGCCGAAGAAUGUGAUCAAAGGAUCAGGGAAAUAACUUAUAAGUUAUCUUCUAAGAAUAAAAGUUUGCCUACUCUAACAACUACAACCGUGCGCGAUGAACUACGUAUGGAGUAUCCAUUUACUAAUCGUCAACAUGUUCCCGAUCGAUUCACUCGAAACUGUUCUGUCUGCAUGACAGAUCAUCCAGUUGAACAAUUUCAAGAGCAAUAUAGUAAAAAAUGCCAGCAUACUCAACGUACUGUGUGCAAUAAUUGUGUAUAUAGUACGGUGAAAUAUGCCAUCGAAGAUUUGAAAAUUAGAGUAACAUGUCCAGAGCCUGAGUGUCGAACAGUCUUCGAUUAUGCUGAAAUAUCUCAUCUACUUCUUAUUCACGAUAAUCGAUCGCUCUUUGAAACCUAUGAUCGCCAAUUGAGAAAUCAACAACUUGAACAAAUGCCUGAAUUCAUAUGGUGUCCCUAUCCUGAUUGUGAUGCAGGCCAAUUGAAUGAACAAAAUUCUUCCAAUCAAAGUCGAGUUACUUGUGUGAAAUGUCAACGAAUGAUAUGUUCAUUUCAUCGGGUUCCAUGGCAUACACAUAUGACAUGUGCUGAAUACGAUCAUCUACAUUCAAACGUUGACAAUAGUACACAACAAUGGCUAGCAACUUAUUCGAAACGAUGUCCGAAUUGCAAGGCACCUAUUGAAAAAAAUGGAGGUUGCGCUCAUAUGACCUGGCCGUCAGCGUCAUCAGAUAACAUGUUAUCAUUACCGUAG